CUAAUGUUAAACGGGUCCUUAUUUCCUUUAAAUUUUCCAUUAUUUCUAACUCCAAAAUCCUAAACCAAAGAAGCAGGAAGGCUACGGCGGCGCAGCAGCAUCCUAGAGUGAUUUCAGCAAAGGAGGACGACACGUCGACACUCAGACGAUGUUCGCUGCUGAUGUCCAUCCCGGAACCAAAAACUUUGACUUUCAGAUGGACCGUUAUUCCUUUAAACGCCGAAAUGACGAUGAUGUAAGCUUAGUGAUGGUGCUGAUUGACACCAACCCGUUCUUCUGGAGCUCGAUGAAGAAUAGUGGCUCUUUUACUUUUUCAAAGCUCCUAUCUCAUGUUAUCCCAUUUUUGAAUUCAAUACUAUUACUGAACAAGCUGAAUCAAGUAGUAGUCAUAGCCACUGGGUACAAUUCCUGUGACUAUGUAUUUGAUUCCUCUGACCCCUCAAACCAAAGGGCAGAAUGCAUGUUGGAGAAAUUGGAAGAGUUUGUGGAAAAAGAUGAGUCAUUGAGUCAGGAAGACUCAGUUGAUGUGGUUGGGUCUUCGCUUCUCUCUGGAUCACUUUCAAUGGCUCUCUGUUAUAUACAAAGGGUGCUUCGUGCAGGGCCACUCCAUCCUCAGCCUAGGAUAUGUGGCCAUCAUGAACUCAAUAUUCUCUGCUCAGCGCUCCAUGGUACCCAUUGAUUCAUGUGCCAUAGGGACCCAGCAUUCCGCUUUCUUGCAGCAGGCUUCAUACAUAACUAAUGGUGUAUAUUUGAAGCCCCAAUUAUUGGAUGGACUAUUUCAAUACCUUUCGACAGUUUUUGCUACUGAUUUGCAUUCUCGUGCCUUUCUACAUCUUCCCCGGCCUAUGGGGGUUGACUUUCGUGCUUCGUGUUUUUGCCACAAGAACACGAUUGACAUGGGUUACAUAUGCUCUGUUUGUUUGUCCAUUUUCUGCAAGCAUCAGCCUCAGUGUUCAACAUGCGGAUCCGUCUUUGGGAAGGCUCGAGGACAUGUUGAACCUGCUUCGUGAACUUAGAGGGUGAUAGCUAAUUUGAAGUUGUAAACUAUCUCUUGUUACCAAUUUUUCUAGAGAAACAUAUUAUAUUGGGAGAUUUUCUAUGGCUUGCUGCUCUUUCUUUUUCAUGCAUAAAACUGGGUUCAAGUUGCUGAAUAUCUAGAAGGGUCAAUACGGACCAGUUCCCAUUCCGAAGUAGCCAGUAAUGACUAAUGUGUAGUGCCUUAGAGCAGUUAGAGGUAUAAAGAUUCUGGUUGCGAUCCCUUUGGUUUCUAUUAUGCCCAUAGUGAGGGUUCUAAGUGCUUUUAUAACAUUUUAUAGUGCAAUAAUGAUGGUUGUUUGCAAAUAGUGCAAACUGUUACAAUUGCUUGCAAAUGAAAGUGAUGUUUUUAAUGCUUUUUUGAAAUGGUAAAUCCUCCAUUAAGAGUCUUGUUAAAAUCUACAA